AGACAUGAAAUCGACGCGAAUCGUAUAUACAGUUAAAUGCGUACACAAACGUAUCGUCUAGCCUGCAAACAUCGGGUCAGUCAGUCAGUGGCAAGAAAAAAUGGCGGAUGUCGAGUUGAACGUCGACAACCUGAUACAAAGAUUGUUGGAAGGUACGUGAUAAAAAAGGAAGCCUCUGUGAAAAGAAAGUGCGAUAUUGUUCUCGUCAGAGGAUGCCGACCAGGAAAAACCGUUGUUAUGUCCGAGAGCGAGGUGCGCGGCCUUUGCCUGAAAUCGCGGGAGAUCUUUCUUCAACAGCCGAUCCUGCUCGAGCUGGAGGCGCCACUUAAGAUCUGCGGCGACAUUCACGGUCAAUACACCGAUUUGCUGCGAUUGUUCGAAUACGGGGGUUUCCCGCCGGAAGCGAACUAUUUGUUUCUCGGUGACUACGUGGACCGGGGUAAGCAGUCGUUGGAGACGAUAUGCUUGCUGCUCGCGUACAAAAUCAAAUACCCAGAAAACUUCUUCCUGUUGCGUGGUAAUCACGAGUGCGCCAGCAUAAACAGGAUAUACGGAUUCUACGACGAAUGCAAGAGACGGUACAACAUCAAACUAUGGAAGACGUUCACCGAUUGCUUCAACUGUUUACCGAUCGCCGCGAUCAUCGACGAGAAGAUAUUCUGUUGCCACGGCGGCCUCAGUCCGGAUCUUCAGAAUAUGGAACAAAUAAGAAGAAUUAUGCGCCCAACGGAUGUACCUGACACUGGCCUUCUCUGUGACCUGCUGUGGUCAGAUCCAGACAAAGAGGUCCAGGGAUGGGGUGAAAAUGAUAGAGGUGUAUCUUUCACAUUUGGUCCGGAUGUAGUAUCUAAAUUUUUAAAUCGCCAUGAUAUGGACUUGAUAUGCAGGGCACAUCAAGUGGUCGAAGAUGGUUACGAAUUUUUCGCGAAACGUCAGUUGGUUACUUUAUUUUCUGCUCCUAAUUACUGUGGAGAGUUCGACAACGCCGGUGGAAUGAUGAGCGUCGAUGAAACACUAAUGUGCAGUUUUCAGAUCUUGAAACCUUCAGAGAAGAAAGCAAAAUACCAGUACUUAAGUUUGAAUACGGGUCAAGCAACAAGACCAUCUACACCACAAAGGAAUCCAGCCAAAAAGAAAUGACAGCCUUGUGCUCAUCUUUUGACAUCAACACCAUUAGCGGAUGCUCUUGUGUUAGCAUGAAGACGUCAAGAGAAGUGUGUAACAUUACCUCUUCCUUGAUUACAUCUAAUAAGAUAAGUAAUAUAAUUAAAAGCGAUACGUUUUUCAAUUUCAAGUAAGGAUCAUUUCCGCAUUGUCUGGUAAAAUUAUUAACACGUAUCUUCCAGAUGCGGCGUGGUCCUUGAUAUGCCAUUAGCGUUUAAUGAAAUUUCCACAUUCUCAUUUGAUUAUUUAUUGCUUCCAUCGUUAAAUGUUCAGUGUAAUUAUUAGAUUUGCUGACUAUUCCUGAUACUUCUCUAUUAUUGCCAUCGCUUCGCAGCUGAUUUAAAUUACAUGUAAUCAUUUAACAACGCGCUGUGCGUUAUGUACAUAGAUAUUCAUUUCUUUCGCUCCAUGUGUUACUUCUGUUUUGUCAUCUCAUGUUCAUACGAUCUUCGAUAUUUUACUUUUUAAUGUUCUAUAAAUAUUGACAGCACGUUCCAACAUACGUUGUAGAAAUACUAAACCGUUUAUUCUCUAAGAAUGAAAAAUCAGAGAGGAACAGAGAACCAGUAUUUUUAAGAUAAUUCUAUGCAGAUUACAUUAUUGUCUUUUUAUUCAUCGUAAGGAGAGGAUUCGAAUAAUUAUUUCAAAUGCAGAUUAAGAGGUUGAUAUAAAAAAUACCAAAUUACUCAAAUCUCUUUCUAUCGGAUACAAUGCACUCAGAUUGUCACUUCUAAGAACUAUUUCACUUUCAGAUUCGUUUAUCAUUUGCGAACGUCAUUUAAUCAUCCAUCAAGCAUUGUGCAGCAUUUAAUUUUGAAUACACGCUUUAGUAACAUGGCAAUAUUUUGCAAAGCAUUUAUUUUUAUUCAUUUAAAGAAAAACAUUCUGCUGAAUAAUAAAUUGUGCAAAGUAGUUGGCAUAAUUAAAAGUAACGCGUACUAGAAAGUAUCAAAAACAAAACUUGAAUACUGACCUGUAUAGAACUUAAGCGAGUUUACAAAGAUAUAUGUACAUAUAUAUGUAUAUAUGCGUGUGCGUAUAUAUAUACAUAUAUAUCAAAAAGACAAAAAAAAAAAAAGAAACAAUACAAUGAUUAAAAGAGAAAAAAAUUAUCUUAGAUCGCACUGUAUCGUAAAUUUACUAUUAGUUCAAGAAGCGAGAGCAUCACGAGUAUUAUCUGAAAGUGAAAUAAUCAACUUCGUAUCGUUAAACGAUAAAAAAGCGACCAGUGAUUAAAUGUAAUUUGCGUUUCCCAAGGAAAUUAUUUUAAAUGCGAACCAUUGUCAAUCUUUGUUUACUGUAUUGUUAAUUGAUAGACGAGUGUAAUUUGUUCUUCCGUGUUUAAGUAAUCUCUGCAAAGAAGGUUGUUAGAAAAAAACGGCCACAUUCUUCCCGCCAUUUUCAUCCCCUUCUUCCCUCUGAUAUAAGUUUAAUAAAAAAGAAGCGGUUGUGAUCCCUCGGUAUGCGUUUUGUCCGAAACUCGUAAAUUAUAUACACAGAUAUUAUAUUUGUAAAUGACGGAUCAGUCGUGAUUCGACGUUCAGGUGUAAAACGUAGGGGUCAAAGAUCGAUCGAAUCUCGACGGAACACGGCAAUGCAAUGACAUCCUAAAGAUGUAAAACUUUCAGAUAAUAAACAUGCAUAUUGUUGUA